UUAACUCGCAAAUAUUGACCGGAUCAACUUCGUCGUCGUUGAGGAACAGAUUCCGAAAUAACAGACAUCGCAGUACCGCAUAUUAGGUACCAGACUCGAUUCCGUCCGAAAAAACAACCACAGCAGCAAAGCCAAAAUGUUUCUGUCGUACAGAGUCGUGCCCGUGUUCGUUUUCUCCAUACUUUUGAACUUCAUCUACGUGUACUCCAACCAACCUAUUUUACCUGCACCAUCUCCAUCUGUUCAAAUUGGAAUAAUUAAAAGUGACUUCUUGUCGUGUGACGAAUGCAUAGGAUCGCGGUGCUACAUGAAAUUGAAUGGACCGUGCAUCUCCAACAACGACAAAACAAAGGACAAACCAUCGACUUACUAUUGUUUSUUGUGUACAAUGGACAAUAAUAACAAUCCUCUGUUCUACAGCGAAGAUGAAUGUAAAAAGGGAUGCACGGAUAACGAGAUGACUUGCGCCUGCAACGAGCAGUGUUACUUGUGCGUCAAAAAAAAUGACGACAUCUCAUCUUUCAAGUGCAACCUGCCCACCAAGAUGGCGAACGAUGAAUGUAGGUUAGUCAAUUAUACUUGGACCAGUCAAUGACACCGUGCCGCCAUCGUCAUGAUAUUAUUUAAUAUUAAUAUUAAUUAAAUAAUAUUAAAUUUUUUCAGCUAUAAUUUUUGUCCUCAGAAAAAUUACCCCUCCUUCCCUCUUACCAAUUCAUAAUAUUUUUAUAGUAUGUGAUAUACCUAUAAGGAUUCGAUCACCGACGCGAUGGGUAAAUUAUUAUUUUCACGGUUAUACUUCACACAAUAUCCUCGCAUAAUAAGUAAUUCCUCCGCAGCAAUCCGUCAUCCUGUUUACCACCAUUAUCGAGGUGCAUAAUAUUAAAUUAUUAUUAUUCUGGUGCAGUGAUGGCGUACACUAUACGCGAAGACAACGAACGCCGUGAAACCACACGCCUUCGUGUCAUAAGUAAUAUACAUUUAAUAAAAUAAACGAUUUUUAAACGUCUCUCCCUCCCGAUUGGUAAUACUAUAAUAUAUUGUAUAAUAGGUUUUCAAUGGUUACCUGUUUCCCGAAAAUUUAAAAAAAAAAUACAAAAAUUCUUUAAGUUUUUUGUUAGGCAAUU